AUGGAAUCGAACCAGCAGGAUCCCGCGGACUCGAAAAGCUCGAGCUGCAAAGAGGAAACCGAUCAAAUUCGAUCAGAAAAUGAUCACGAUAUGGUCGCCGGUCGAUCCUACGAGUGUGUUUUUUGCAAGCGAGGUUUCACCACAGCACAGGCCUUAGGUGGUCACAUGAAUAUCCAUAGGAAAGAUCGAGCCAAGACGAGUAGCAGACCGAGCUCCAUGAUUGUCCCUAAUUCCGUUUCAGCAGGAUCUAAAGUUGAUCAUGAUGAUGAUGAUGAUCGUCAUAAUUUGUUUCCUAAUUUGAUCCAUAGAUGUCCAGUAUCUGAUCAUGAUCUACAAUUCUUUCCUCAUGUUAAUUACCAAACAUUUUUUCCUGCACCAUCAUGGAAACCUCCUUACACUUUGAAUAGUGGCGAUGUGUAUGUUCCGAUAUUGAAUCAAUUUCAUUUGAAGAAAUUUGAAGACGACGAUCAUGGGGAUUGUUGGAGAGGAGCUCUCAGCUUAGGAGUCGGUUCUUCGCCGCAUGUCGAUGGCCAUGGCCGUGGCCAUGAUCGGGAGAAAAGAGAAAGGGGAAGUGAUGGGGAAGAUGAUGAGUUGGAUUUGGAGCUUCGACUGGGUCAUCAUGAUCAUCGGUGA